ACAAAAAUCCAGGUCAUUAAAAAGAAAAAAAAAACGUGGGAAAGACCGUUACCAAUGCCGGAAUUACCAGAAGUUGAAGCAGUUCGGAGAGCCAUUCAUUUAAACUGUAUAGGAAAGAAAAUUAUAAGGUCGGUUAUUGCAGACGAUGUUAAGGUCAUUGUCGACGUCUCACGUUCAGAUUUUGAAGCUUCUCUAACAGGAAAAACAAUCGUGGCGGCUCAUAGGAAAGGGAAGCAUAUGUGGAUUCAGCUUGAUUCACCUCCUUUUCCGUCUUUUCAGUUCGGCUUGACAGGUGAAAUGUAUAUCAAAGGUGUUGCUGCUGCAAAGUAUAAAAGGUCUUCAGUCAAGGACAUAGAUAACUGGCCUUCCAAAUACUCCAAGUUCUUUAUAGAACUUGAUGACGGUUUGGAGGUUUCUUUUACUGACAAGAUUCGAUUUGCAAGAGUGCGGUUACUUAAAAAUCCAGCUUAUGAACCACCAAUAUUUGCGCUUGGUCCGGAUGCCUUAUUGGAGCCAAUGACGGAGGACGAGCUAUUUAAAUCAAUGAGCAAGAAGAAGACUUCCAUUAAGAAACUUAUACUUGAUCAGGGUUUUAUCUCAGGUGUUGGCAACUGGAUUGCAGAUGAAGUACUAUAUCAGUCAAGGAUUCAUCCGCUACAAAUUGCCUCCAGCAUUUCCAAAGAACAGUGUGCAGCACUACAUAAGUCUCUCAAAGAGGUUAUUGAGUUUGCAGUUGAAGUUAAUGCCGACUAUGAUCGCUUGCCUGCUGAUUGGUUGUGUCAUUCAAGAUGGGGGAAAAAACCUGGAAAAAUAAAUGGACACAAGAUUGAGUUUAUUGAAGCUGGAGGCAGGACAUCUGCAUACGUACCGGAGUUGCAAAAGCUAAGUGAAGACCAAGCAGCCAAAAUAACGAUCAAAACAUUGACAAAGUCUAGUAAGAAGAGCAAAGGCGAAGCUGAUGAAGCAGAAAGUGAGGAUGAAGAAAUUGCAUACAGUGAAAAACCAAAAAGAGGGAACAGAGCUCAGAGUAACAGUAAAAGGCCUCCUAUAAAGCGCAAGUCUCAUAAAAAACUUAAUGAAGAUAGUGAUGAUGAUGAUGAAGAUUAUAUGGAAGAUGAAGUGGUAAAAGGAAAAGCUGUUAAAAAAGCUGCAACCACAAAGAAGACGAAAGGAAGUAAAGAAAACAAGAAGCCUUCUGCAAGAAAGAAAUCACAGGAAAAUGAAGAUGAAAGUGAAAGUGAUGAUAGUGGCAUUGAUGAAGAAUGGGAAGAAGAAAAGAGGGUUCAGGUGAAGGGAAAAAUGGAGGUCGAUAAGAAGGUUCAGGCCGGCGGGCAUACCAAGACGAGAGCAAAAUAGUCUUUUGGCUAGCUCAGUUUCUAGUUUGGAAAAAACUUUGGGGCCAACUCUUAAUACGAGUAUAUGUUUUGUAACAAGUAUUUGAGCAGCCUUCUUAAGGACUCUAAUCUUAUUUUUGUGCAUCUGGCCAUGGCACAAUAAAAUUUUACCUGUUGUAACUUAUUAAGAUAGUGAUGCAAUAGGGAACCAAUUUUCUAUUUCUA